CUUGUCUCUUCCUCUGCCUCCUCUGAUCAUAUGAUCGACUGUGUAGAACCUACACUACAACACGGUAAAAUCUCAUCUCAGCUCGGCAGGUUUCUAUUACUCAACACGCCGCCCUCUGGCCCAGUCUCAAUCCACCCCGACCCGACGCUGAGGUUGCAGCCGAAGAGGUGCCGUAUCCGUCUACGGGUCGCCUCGCCUCAGGUCCUCACCACCUAGGCACUCACUCACUCCCGCUGUCCCGCCCUCCCAGCUGGCCCGAGUUCCAGUACUCCGUACCCCCAGGUUCGAGCCAGCCUGCCAGCCCAGAUCCGCUCCGCUACCUGUGCGACACUAUCCAGUCGAGCCAGUCCGCUGCCACGCUAUUCAGCAACCACGCAAGGUUACCGCCACUUUGGUUGGCCGCUACCCACCCCCCUGCCCAGGCCGCCCCCCCUCCAGAGCCGACAGGCCUGCAACCUACCCAAGUCUCGUUAUAUACCUAAGCCGCAUCCCUCCAACAAGCCACCUCGAGCAGUCGUUUUAUCCGCACCCUCCUUUUUGCCUUGUCUUGCCUUGUCUUGCCGCGCCAUCCUCCUCCUCCUCGUCGCCGCGAUAGGAUCCAGUGCACAUACUCCCUCUCCUCUCUCUCCCCCUCUCCCCCUCUGCUCCACUUUGGAUCUUCCCCUCUGCCAGACAGUCAAGGCAGUCAGUCAGUCAGUCUCUCACAAACGUGCGAUCGGCCGCCAAUCGUGCAGAGACCUUGUUCUCGGACUCGCUUGCUGCUGUGCACGACUCGGGCGCCGUCAUCCAAGCCAGACCGAUCCGAUCCGACUUAAUCCAAAACCAAUCCAGCUCAUCUCAGCGCACCGCACAGCUGUUGGCACCCCCACGGCCCACCGCCCCCUCGUCGACUCAAAUCCACCGGCCCGCCUUUGCAUCAGCCAACUACAACUGCCUCCCGCGCCCUCACGAACCAUCUAUCCAACCCUGCCCGCUCCUACCUUUCCCCUUUGAGCCGCAACACCACCCACGGCCCAACCACCUUGCCUGCCUGCCUACCCUCUCUUGUAUCAUCCAACACACCCCGCCGAAUAUGGCCAUGGCCGACCUCGUAAUGCCCCGACUGCCCGACCAGCAGCAGUCAUUCUGGCACCGCCAGCCCACCGGCCACCAGCGCUCCUUCUCCUAUCACAUGCCACAACAGCAACCACAGCCACAGCAGCAGUCGCAGUUCCACCACACGCUGCAGCAGCAGCAGCACCAGCAGCAACAGCAGGCACAACCAAGACAGCCAACACCGCCACAGUCGCAGCCACUUAUCCAGCAAUCAUCCGACAUCUCCCCUCUCAGUACCUCCAACAGCACGUCACCAGUGUCACCAAAGAACUACCACGGCCGCCAGGUACGCCCACUGUACGUGCCUGCCGUGUUGCGUCCCAACGAGUACUCGGCCGGCUCUCAAAAGCCCCUUGCCUCGCCCAAGGCCGACGGAGACGAUGACGAGCGCGCCAUCCGCUCCAGCGGCAGCUUCACCAGCCUGUUCGGCAUCUCGAGCCUGAGCAGGCUGUCCAGGAGGUCCACUGGCGACAGUGGCAAGUUUGUGGACUGGGAUUGGGACCUGGCCAACUACCCUCAGGUCCAUGGCCAGCCCAGCCGGAAGCACUGGAAGUCCGAUGCCGACUCCGAGGUCUGCGACGACCCGACCUGCAAGAAAUACUUCAACUACUUCGUUCGCCGCCAUCACUGCCGACGCUGCGGCAACAUCUUCUGUGACCCUCACUCCAACUACGAGGUCCCGCUGGACGAGAGCGCCAAUUACAAUCCUCGUGGCGUGCUCAGCCGCUCAUGCGCCCACUGCUAUGGAGACUUCAAGGUCUGGCGGAGUCGCAAUAGCAGCAACGCCUCCAGCGCCGGCCAGCGCACUGCAAAGGGCUGCCAGACCGUGCCUGUGAGCCCGAUCUGCGCCAGCCCCGCGAAGGCAAGCCCGACCACCCCGGGGAAGGCCCAGGCCGAAGUGGCAGUCAGCGUGCCCAGCGACUGGAACUGGAGCACAUUCUGAGCUGCACAACCUGGCGACAUUUCAGUCUCGGUCGCAAGGGCAAUACGAGCCACUUCCCAAAAAAAAAUACGGCAAUUCAUACCACACCAUAACUCACGACGAAGCGGUCCGACAGCGGCCUGACCUCGGCCAUGGCGGACCAGCCCACUAGCCCAAUUCAAGCCGCUUAGAAGCGGCGUAGUACAAAUCCGUACUACCCCCAAACCCACCUCAGACCACCUCGGUCCGCCUCAACACUGGACAGCAUCAUGAUCCAGUCCUCUACUACUCUACCUUGCCCAUUCCACGCAUCGUCGUAUUUACCCUUGACGGACUUUUGGUAGAUUCCCGGGGUUUGUCUCGGAUACUGUUUUCCCAAUACCCAGGAGCGCAGCUGUUUUUAUGAUUUUGAUGCUUUUCUGCCGGACAUCUGCCUUGGCAUGUUUUCUUGCUUGUCGUCUUGUUACAGCGCCGGUGUUCAGGUCUAUUUCUCUGUUUUUAAGAUGUUAGAUUACCAGGCCGGCAUGAGCUCUCCGAAUUAAUGCUGGGCAGAAGCUGCGCCGCCAGCUUUCCCCUUGUUCUGCUCUUACAUGCUCUCAGGAGCAUACUAUUACUUUGGACUCUGGUUUACGGGAAGGAGAGGAGUACCAUGUCCUUUUUAUGCAUCUCUGCUUCUCCCCAGUUCGCGGGCCAAUUGGGCCCAAGAUUGUUAUACCCCUGCUGCGGGGCUCUCGAUCUACGAUGUUGAUUUUACGAUCAAAGGGAUAGACUUUACGGUAACGAAGACAUACAGAGGCACAAGCUCCAGUAUCAACCGCCCACUAUACUGUGUGGUGGAGAGCUCUAUAGAAUGAGAACGGAAUUGAAGAUACACUGAAUAACUC